AUGGCCAGCCCAGCCCACGAUGGCCCAUCUGAGGUCCCAGACGAUACUGGCAAGCCAGCAUCCGUACUUUCGUCAGCUCCUAACGACCAAAACUUAGAGGAAGAAGGAAAUGUUCGGCAAAAGAACAAAGCCCUGUCACGCUUCAAGAUUGCCUACGGGCUUUCGUCGUUCGGAUUUUCGCCCGCAUUCGCCGGCAUGAUCACCUACGGCCUGUUCCAAUUGCAAACGAUCGGGUUUAUGAUAGGCCACGAACCGGGCAAGCCUGCUGGUACCGGCUGUAUGCCCGGUGCCACCUCAUGUCGAGUUCCCUGGGCGAGCAAAGGCGAUGUGAACCUCACUUCCUUCAUCCUCUACCUCAACGCUAUCAGUUAUGCCGUCAGCGGUGCGUUGAUCUUCUUCAUCAGCGCAGCUGGAGACUAUAUGAACUGGAAGCGCGAACAGUAUGUCUUUUUCGUUAUUGUCUACGGAGCUCUUUGCCUACCCAUGGCGGCCAUGACAGGUAUUGACCUCAAGACCUUAAACACGAUCGCCGGCCUUUACGUGGUCUUUAAUCUGGUCGGCUUUAUUGUCCAAACCUGGAUGAAGAUCUUCAUUCCCUACACUAUGCAAGCCGCCGCGACCACGCCGUCCUCGUCGCAGCAAGCGGCAAUGCCCAGCCUCUCGGAACAACAGGACGUUGACAAGAAAAGGGGUGCCAGCGAAAGUGCCGGAGUGCAGAUGAGUCUGUGGUUCUCGAAUGCCAUGAACUCAAGCACUAUCAUCUUCUAUCUGAUUUAUAUUGGCAUCAGCUAUGCCAGUUUUCAGGCGCAGACAUCGGCGGGGCUCUGGAUCACCACGGGUGCUGGUGCGCUCUGUGUGCUCUCCAAUAUCGUUGCCUGGCGCUGGCUUCCCAACCCACCCAAAGAUCCGAAUCAAAAGAAGAUCAAGUGGCUCGUUCUGCCCUUCACCGCCUUUGCCGAGCUUUGGCGAGGCAUUCGUCGGUACCCAGAAGCGUUUAAAUACCUGAUCGCCUACACGAUUUACAACGAUAGCACUUUUGCUUUUGGCAGCGUCAUCAGCCAGCUCUUCAAUCUGCAGGUUAGACCGAGUAUUCGCGAGUUCACUGCCUACUCGAUGACUUCGUAUAUCUCUUCCAUUAUGCUUCUAACUAUUUGGUACUUCGUGCGUCCACACCUUCGUAUAACUCUGCGUCAGUGGAUCAUCGUUGCAUACUCUAUCAUGGCAUUCACUUGCUUCUGGUGUCUCCUGGGCUUGAGUGCUUCGAGCAAGGUCGGCUUCAAACACCGUUGGGAGUUCUACGUCAUGGCUUUCCUUCAAGGAGUUUGCAGCGGUGUCACCUCGGCAUGCUUCCCUGUUGUCUUCUGCCAGCUCUUUCCGAAGGGGAACGAACUCAAGUAUUUCGGAUUCCAAUUGGUGCUCUCCUGUUCCACCCUUUGGAUCCCCCAGGUCAUCGAUGGCCCUAUCGUAAACGCCACCAACAACCUCCGCCUCCCAGCCAUCAUUUCCUUCGUUUUCUUCCUACUCUGCAUCUACCUUGCUUGGUGGACGGACGAUGUCAAAGGUAUUCACCGUGUUAAGAUGCUGGAGGCCGAAUCCGAUAACGAUCACGGCAAGCCUUGA